GGGAAUGCUGACGAGCCUGCCCGAACUACGAGGGAAUCCCGGGCCCAUGACGUCGUCUACACCCAAGAAAACUUGUUCUGCUCUCGUCGAGUUGACAAACGGUUCAACCAUGAACGGAGCGAAUUAUCCGGAUUCGCCUAUCGUGGCCGAGUCCCCGCAUUCCCGAGAUCACGCAAUGUUACCGACACAGAUAUCAGACACAACAAGUGUGGCCCCUCAUUCCCAAUCGUUGGAUCAGAAUUCUACGAUUCAUCAAAGAGUGAACCAAAACGAUGAAAUGACGCCAGUGGAAGUCAAGUACUCACUGGAUGAGGGGAUGUCCGAAACACUCUCAUCGAUCGAAAACACUUUGGCCAACCGAGGUGAUACCACCACAAAUACUUCCUACGGCACAAUAAAAAGACACGCAACUAACCAGAACAGUAUUCUGAAGCAGCGGCUUCUUGCCGCCCUGGCUACUUUAAUCCCACAUCGAGAAACGCUGUCGCUACGAAUGCUAGUAACUUACACAAUCGACGAUAAGGACAGCGAGUGUUUGGUGAUCGAUGAAACCUUGUGUCGUCAGACGUCACGACUGCAAACAAACAGUGAAGGACCUUCACUUGGUCACUCUUCGGAUUCUGGUUGUCAGGUCGAUGACAGUCCACCGGCAAGCAAGAGGCCUCGAACUGAUUCACAUCCGCUAGUGGACACUCAUGUGUUAGACCUGUCAGUGCACACCGAACGUGAUGAACAGGAAUUAGCAGAAGCCAUGAAUACCGAACUUGACGAAUCCGCAGACGAAUCUAGCCACACUUCUCCCAAUAGACCAUCGCCGGAUGCAGAACGGCCCACACCUAACACACAUGGGAAAUAUCUUAACGCACCUGGUUCGAUCGCCAAAACUUCCAUACCCACUGGAAGCAUAAAUCCAUUAUUAAUUUCUUCGAGUGCCGUAAAUGGGAACGAUUCAACCAUUUUUACUGCAUCCCCAUUCCAUCCCGUGGACUCAUCUUUACUGACACUCUUACCACUACUUCAACAACAACUACCACAGUCCAACAUCAGAGUGUUCGGACAGCCUAAGAUUCUGUCUAAUAUCGAGCCAGUGGCGUCCAUCACCACUAACAGUAACACCAAUUCCAGUAACAACGCAUCCACAAACAGUGCGAUGCCCGCGGAGACUGCUGAAUCUCUGCUGUUCAGAGAGUUACAGGCGCUGAUUCGAUCGAACAACUCGAUGAAUCGCCUCGUCCAAGAAGUUCCACUCGACUCUUCUGUACCCAAUGUGAAGGCGUCAGAAGCUGCGGGCAGUUAUAUUGCUAGCCAAGCGAUACCAAAUCUACUGAGCUCUCCUUUGAACAAUUCGUCACUGGUUGGGUUCCCUUUAUUCAAUGCGUUUUCUCCCGACCAAUUGACAGCAGUGCAAGCGUUGUUGCCUUCUGCAUCCCUUUUGAAUAACGUUCUAUCCGCACCGAACAUCACCUCGUUGAACUUGGGUUCGGCCACAUUGCUGAAUCUUAGAGAUAAGACCACCGGUCAAGAGACACUUGGGAUCAUGCAGGGGGCCAACCGGCAUGUUACCACUCCAGUGACCAACUUACUGAACCAUAUUAGUUUCCCUCAUGCUACCUCAAUUUCUCUCAAAACGCUUUCCACCUUGUCCCAGCUGUUCACCAAUAGCAGUGAGCAGAGCGCUUCGAAGCUGAGCGGAUCACAUGCUCAGCUGGGCUCAGUGUCAAUGACAGGCGAGGGGAGGAACAUAGCUACAGAGAUGUUCCGUGUUUCAGAGAAGCGACACAACGAUAUUUCCGCUGACCCACUGGCCGUGACGCAGUCCGGCGAGUUACCACCAUGCACGACCAUAUCUGUCGCUAUUAGCCAAGAGGGGGGCAACGGCAAAUCGAGUUUUGUCAUUUCCGACAUGCGUCUUCCACCCUCCACUCCAAUCUCUAUACUGGGCGGUUCCAAUUCCCCCUCAGACUCGAUCACCAAUGGUCUAUCGUCAAGCGCCUACGGGUCUAGCCAAUUCAUGUUCGGGCGUCGUUUGGCCCACACGCGUCGAUUCACAUGUAAUCAAUGUCGAAAAAACUUCGCUUCUUUGGCUGAGCUAAAUCGCCACACUCUGGAGGCGCACAACUCGUUUAAAUGUACCAUUUGCUCUGCACACUUCACACAGCGAUCCAACUUGCAACGACAUUCGCUGAAGCAUGUCGGAUUCAAACCAUUCACCUGCAAUUUGUGCAGAAAAGAGUAUUAUCGGAAAGAUCAUUUGGUACGUCACAUAGAAGUCACACAUCCGAACCAUGAUCCGAAAAUGAACAUCACAGUCCAUCUGACCUCGUCGGAGUGUUUAGACUACUUGGAUCGGUUGAAUGCUGGCAAAGAGACGCCAUCACCAGAGGGAUCGGUGUGUCAAGAACUUGGCCCAGACGCAGAAGUGUCAGAAUUAGAAAGCCUAAAGAUUGAUGGGGCAGCUGGGGCUACGAAUGAUGGCGAGGAAGCCGAGUUGAAUUCUGGAGGAGUACCCAAUCCGACAACCGAUUGACCUUCGAUUGCUUUAAUUUCCAUCCGAUAUUCGCUCGAACAGAAAGUGUACAGUAUUUCAAUCACUUCAUCUCUGAAAGCAUAUGACGCUCUGAGUGAUAUUUCACUGUCAACGCUUAAACAACAGCAACAGUUUGCUUACAGCCGGUUUCUUGUAUACUUAUUGUUUUAAUUGACAAGCAAUCGCAUUUAAACAGAGACCACUUUUUUCCACUCCAUUGUGGCUGUUUUGCUAAAUGGCGGCUAUGCAUUCAAUGCUAAUUGCAUGAUCAUCUAAAGGAGCAUCAGGACGCUACCUUCGCCUCACACUCCAUCUGGCUUAUGGUGUUAUACGGAACUGAGAUCUUGUGUGACAUUUUCCCUUGUAUUUCUCUCCACUCAGUCCCCUUGUUGGAGUAGCGAUCGAUCUUCAUUGAUACUGUUACAUGCCUCACGUGGGCAAAUAGUCUUUGAUUUCAUUGCACUUCAUUGGUUUGUGUGCUCGUAUUGUCCACCGUCCCUUCGUGGUUCGUUGUUCGAGUGAUGUGCACAGUAAAAUUUUUGCAACUCAUUCAUAACAAUUUUCACAGCACUUUUCGGGUUGUGCGCCACUUUUAAAUCGGGUUGUCGU